AUGACUACCAAGCCCUUUCGAUUUUGGGACUGUUCUAUUUCGAAAUGCCCUGCCGCUUCAGCGAUCGACAUUGGCGCUUGUGAGCGCUGUCAACGCCCUUUCUGUGCACUUCAUGUAUCGUCGCCAGAUCACCACUGCGAUAAAGUGCCCCUUGAUGAUGGUGCGUGGACUGCUGCCCGAACCAAAGAAGUGAUGACUCUUCGAAAGAAAAUCCAAGAUAACGCUUUACUACGGAUGGCAUCACGCCUUAACGGUGGCAUCUCAUGUGAAAUAGAUGAGUCGGAGCCAUUUGGAAAGUCGCUCAUGGGUGGCAUGCACGUUCAUCUACGCAUUCGAUUCUCCGAUGGCACUGUUUGGCUAGCUCGGAUAUUGAGAGAGAACUAUACAUCCUUCUCUGAUGAUUUCAGCAAUCAAGUCAUUGAAAGCGAGUGUGCGACUCUCAAAUUCCUUGAAUCUAUAAACGUCCCUGCCCCAAAACUUCAUGGCUACGGUCUUCGAAAUGAUCCAUCAAAUGAGGUCGGGGUCGCGUGUAUGCUCAUCGAUGAGCUUCCAGGGACACCGCUUAUGCUCAAAAAUCCAUCACGGGAGCAGCUGGGCAAGGUUUAUGAUCAAUGGGUGGAUAUCCUGCUACGAUUCCACGCCUAUCCGUUUGAUGAAGCCGGGGCUCUGGCAUUCCGACAAACUGGGCAGAUUGAAGUAGGGCCUAUGAUCGGGGAUCGCACGGGAACCUUCUCACAUGCUGUGGAUGCAUAUCUAGUUUUCAGGUAUCUCAAGCAGCUUGCUGAGACUGGGAUGUGGAAUGCAUUCGAGCCCAGUAUGGAUAAAGGCCCAUUCUACCUGAAGCAUACAGAUGAUAAGGGCGAUCAUAUUAUGGUGGACGAUGAUUACAAUAUCACCGGAAUAAUCGACUGGACAUAUGCAAGGGUGGUACUUAGUGCAUUCGAAGCUUUCGGUCCCUCGCUUUUGAUAGCAGAUACAAAUUCUUUAUUCACCGGGAUCGCCGGCCUGUCAUCCAAUGACAAACUCAUGACUGAUAUCUCUGGAUCAAAGGAUGAAGCAUUUUUCAAAUUUGCUGAAGGACCUGAUCUUGUGCGCCGCUUCUCAUUCGGUCUAGGUAUGGGAAUGAGCAUGACUCUCGAAGAAGCAAAAUCACUGUGGAGAGGAAUUAUCUCAACUGCCACUGGAAUCCCCUUGGAGACUGACUGGAGUAUCUGGAGACGAAAUCGAAUCCAUGAAUGGGCUGACGAUGAACGUCUCCAAGUUCUUCUAUCACGACAACAUGAGGAGGCCGUCUUCAAGGAAACGCGAGGUAUCUGCAAAGAGACUGUGUGCGAGGAUCAAUUUGUUCCAGAUGUAUGCACCAUCUUUGCGCCAUUCAUUGCUCUAAACAAUACCACACAUACCCAAGCUCCUACGAGACUCGCAACAAACUUGAAUGGUGGCGUCAAAUGCGAAUUCAAGCUUGGAACUCAUUUCGGAGUUGGAUCCAUGAUGGGCUGCGCCAAUUAUCACGCUUGGCUAUGUUUUGAAAAUGGCGAUCGAUGGAUCGUCCGAAUCCCUCGCACAGGCUUCAGUGACGUCCCUCUUGAUUUGGUGGAAUAUCUCGUUAUGAGCGAAUAUGCGACACUUAAGUUUCUUGAGUCCACCAAUAUCCCAGUUCCGAAGCCUUUCGCGCAUGCCCUCGCUUCUGAUCCUGGAAAUCGUGUUGGUGUCAGUUAUAUUUUGAUGCAGGCGCUUCCUGGUAAACCUUUCUAUGCGCAUGAAUCAUCAGAUGACCAGAAGAAGCAUGUUCUCGAGCAACUUGGAGACAUGUUGAUUGAAAUUUCGAAGCACCCGUUCUCUCGAGCUGGCUCACUUAAGAUUGAGGGUAAUGAGGUUGAAAUUGGACCUAUCGCCAGCAACCGCUUCGUUGCUCUGAAUACUUACGGCCCUUUUGAUAGCUCGUCCGAAUAUCUGACAAGAGAAGCAUUUCUCUUUUACCAUUUCCCACGACAGAACAUCCAAAGCUUGGUAUCGGAGGAUGAUACAUCAGGGCAGUUCUUCCUGAAACAUGUCGAUGACAAGGGUGAUCAUUUACUCGUUGAUGAGAACUUCAAUAUCACUGGUAUUAUCGAUUGGCAGUUUUCUCGGACUGUCCCUGCUUCAGAGGCAUUUGGUCCAUCAUAUGUCACUGUAGAUCUCACCUCGCUCUAUGGCAGCAACACAGGUUUAACGGAGGAUGACCGUUAUCUAUCGACAGCUCUGAGGGACAAGGGCUCAACCCCUUUGGCCUUGAUUGCUGAGCGUAAUGAGGUCAUGCGUCGCUUCCAUAACGGACUUUCGAGUAGGUUAACCAGAGAUGAAGUGCGUGAGAUGCUGAAAGGAGUGAUUGUUUGUGUGAAGGGGGAAGACGUCGAUGAUCUAGACACUUGGAUCUCUCGGGCAAUCUCAUGA